CGUGCAAAAACAAGUGCGCAUUCUUUCUUUCUUUGCUACUCGUUUAUUUGCUACAUAUUAUAAACAACAUUAAAUGUAAAAUAAUGUGUACGGUUAUAAUAACAACAAAACGUUUGUUUUAAAGUCUCUAAAUGAUGCUAACACACAAUAAGUCAUUGCCCUCUGCACUUCGUUACUCUAAUAUAAUAAUAAUUUCUAUCAAAGCAAUAUCGGUACCAUAGUGUAUUAAUACAGUGGCCGCAGGGCGUGUUGUUGUAAAAAGUGGCCGCAGGGCGUGUUGUUGUAAAACAGAGGCGAUUUUUACAACAACUUGUUGGUAAUUUUCAUAUAGAAGAAAACAAAUGAAAGCAGGCCACAAUUCAAAAAAGACUUAAAUUUGUAUUGGGAAUAAAUGUUGAUGUGGUUAAACAAGGAAUGGGUUCCAGCAACAAUGGGAAUACAGCUCGACGAUUGUUUGAAAACCCUCAAAUUACAGCUGACAUAACAGGAGUAAAUGAGCAACUGAUUCAUCGGUUCAAAAUUAUAUUAUCCACAAUAACUUGCAGUCAGGCAAUAGACGCUGAGAAAUUCCAAAUAUAUUGUAUAGACACGGCAAAAUUGUGCAUUGAUUUGUAUGGAUGGUACUACAUGCCCAUCACAGUGCAUAAAGUUUUGAUACAUGGUAGCAAAAUUGUAUCUGAGGCCAUUCUACCUAUAGGAAUGUUAUCAGAAGAAGCGCAGGAAGCGAGGAACAAAGAUUAUAGACGUUAUAGGCUAUAUCACUCGCGCAAGACUGGGCGCUCUUCUACUAACGAAGACGUAAUGCAUCAUUUGUUGAUAUCCUCCGACCCAUACAUCAAUUCAUUUAGAACGAAAUUGAAGCUUAAAAAAUUAGAUUAUCACGAAGAUGUGAAAAAGUUGUUAAUGAAAUAGAGUG